GGCAUUAUCAUUUCUGCAAGUAUUUCUUAAUUCCUUCUUAUUGUGUUUGUUUGAGACUGUCUUCUUACUAUUAGAAACUGCAAUGCAGUUAAAUUUGGCAUGGGGAAGUGCACGCAGAAGAAGUUGUAGACGUGGUCGGCCUCGACUUGAAGGAUUUUGUGGCGACGUUAGAUUGAGAGAGACUCGCUGCUCCUACUUUCUCAAUCUCAUCCUUCAAGGUUUGACAACAGAUGAAAUAGAGGUGGAAAUGGAUAAGGAGAGGAGUCUCAUGUUACGUGGAGAAAGUUAUUGCAAAGAGGUGGGAAUGCUUAAGUGGAGGUGGCGCCUCAUGUCUAAGAGAAGAAGUCCUUUCAAAAUUCCCGAGGACAUCAACGUGGGCGCUACCAGAGGCAGCUUUGAGCGGCACAUUUUGCAUCUCGUCAUGCCCAAACUCAGACACACAAGAUUUAGUCCAUACCAUGUCAUUCACAUUCAGUCCUCUCAUUGUCACGCGCACCAAGUGAAAUUACAUGCUGCUUCAUCUCCGGGUGCUGUCAAAGUAAACCAUUCGCGGUCUUGUUCUGAUACAAGUGAAAUCAUUAACAAGGAGACAAUCUAUUCUUCUACGAUCUCUGCGUCAAAUGCCCAGGAAAAGAAGCAACAAUAUCGCAGGACUAGAAGAAGUAUAAAGAAAAUCACUGCGAAAAGCCAAAAGUUGGAAUAGUAAAUGGAUUUGUUAUUCGUAGAUCCCAACCAUUCUUUGUAAAUAAAAUAUUCAGUCUCUCCUUGGCAUUUAUGCUUCCAAGGAUGUCUCAAGCAUGGAAUAGCCCAUGCCUGAAUUGUCAAUUGACCCCUGUACAAGUAGGAAAGCAUUUGCUUGUUCCCGAAGCCCGGGAAGAAAAAAUUCAAGUGUAUUCACAUC